AUGUCCUGGCAAGCAUAUACAGAUAACUUGGUCGCUUCUGGUAAGAUUGACAAGGCUGCUCUUUAUUCAAGAGCUGGUGAUAGUGUUUGGGCUCAAUCAAACAACUUCACUUUUGCUGAUCAAGAAAUUAAAUCAUUAGCUGCUGGUUAUGAUGAUCCAUCAGGUUUACAAGCUGGUGGUUUACAUUUACAAGGUCAAAAAUAUUUUGUUAUUAGAGCUGAUGAUCGUAGUAUUUAUGGUAAACAUGAAGCUGAAGGUGUUGUUACAGUAAGAACUAAACAAACCAUCUUGGUUGCUCACUAUCCUGCUGGUGUUCAAGCUGGUGAAGCUACUACUAUUGUUGAAAAAUUAGCUGAUUAUUUAAUUAGUGUUAAUUUUUAG